AUGUACUUAGAAAGGAAAGCUCACGGUAACUACGCUUUCGGCUAUGACAUCAAGGACGGUCAUGGUGCCACCAACUCCCGAUCUGAAGUCGGAGACGGACACGGCAACGUGAAGGGAUCCUACACCUUGGCCGACAUUGACGGACGAGCCAGGAAGGUCGAAUACGCCGCCGACGGACACGGAUUCAGAGCCGUCGUCAAGACCAAUGAGCCCGGAACCGCCGCCAGCGCCCCCGCCGCCGCCCUCAUCGCCAGCCCCUACGCCGGACCCGUCGCCCCCGUCGUAGACCACGUGGCCCCCGCAGCCGCCGUCGUAGGACAUGCCCUCGCCGCCCCCAUCGCCCACGGAGGAGCUUGGGGCUACGGAAUCGGACACGCCGGUGUCUUGGGACACGGUCUUGCCCAUGGUGGUCUUUUGGGACACGGUCUCGCCCACGGAGGACUCGUAGGACAUGGACUCGCCCACGGUGGUCUGUUGGGACACGGACUGUGGCACUAAAUCAAUCUGCAACAAUUGUUCUCCCAUUAGGACUGUGAUCAGGAUUUCAAUUCUUCCGUCUGUUUGUACAAACUGCUGCUUGACAAAGCUUAGCAGCCCUCUCCAAGCAUCGUCUCCUUCUUUUUAAAUAUGGUGUUCUUUCUCUCUGUUUCUCCUCAUAUGAAAACGAUAAAAAAAAGAGACUAAUAUAUCUUGCUUCUGAGAAUAUGUUUUCCCUUUACAAUUGGGGCCAAAAAUAGCUUUAUAAUUUAUUGUUGUGAAUGUUUUAAAUGUGUAAAUAAAUAUCUUUGUGAAUAGAA